GACGUUAACGCGGCGUCGUCGUCGUCGGAAACGCAGCGUUAGAGCAUGGAAGGAUGGUCCGACAAACAAUAGAUAAGAUUAAAUGAGUCAAUUUCACACAGGUGAGGCGAUCGCAUAGCGCCCCGCAUAACGCCGAGCGCCUCAUCAGCAGCGCCGCCCGCCGUAAUCGAGAACGCCCGACGCCCGCAACAGUGCCCACGCCUCGCCGAGAGUAAUUGACUUAAGCGUCGCGACGCCUCGCGUUUUCCGUCUUCGCGUCGUUCCGGAAUCGAUAUAAAAGUUCCUAAUCGAAAAAGUUCCCGAUAAGUGAAAUAGUUUCUCCUCAUAUUGCUGUGAAUAGAGAUUGAAAGCUCACUUCAAGGCCCGCUCACUCCGAACGAGAGGAAAAGUACCCGAAAGCGAAGCCAGCUCCCGUUCCGAAACAACCCAGCGCAUGGCGGCCUCUCUGUGAAUCGACGGAGGUUAGGUCAUGAGCAACGAUUAACCUAACGAGCUUCCGUCACGGCCGGAGGUUAUCAGCCAUGAUAACAGAGCGCUACGCUUUCAAGCGACGAAAAAAGUGAAAGCCACUCUGAAAACCAAACAAAAAAUGGGCUGCAACGUGCAUCUCCUCCUCCUCCUCGAACUUUGGAUCGUGAGCGCGACCCUCGCCGCCUUCUACAAGGACCUGAAAUUCCUGUGUUUGGAGUGCAGUUGCGACCGUGAGCAAUUACUCAGCGACGGAGUGAUAGACACUCUGGAAGUGCAGUGCGAGGAGGACCCCCACCCGCGGGGCCUUCCGCGGGGCCCACCGCGCCCCGGGGCCCUCGAUGAGAGGAAGCUCCUCGUGGUGGAGGCCGACCAGGUCGUUCCUCCCGAGCGUGUUAUCCACAACGUGGACUUGCUCAUCCAGGGUUUGAAUCUGACGUCUGUGGAUGCGUUGAACCACCUGAAGAAGGCCGAGACUCCGGUGGCCUACCGCAAGGUGUCGCUGGCGACCAAUGCUAUCGAGAGUCUCCCGGAGGACUUUUCCACCGGCCUGGAGACGGUGAAAUUUUUGGAUGUUUCCAGUAACUUGCUCGCCCGGAUAGAGCAUGCGGCGUUUGAGAGUUUGGAGUUUUUGCAGGUACUCAACCUCAGCCGCAACGCCCUCAGCAGACUGGACCUGAACGUCCUGGAGCACAGUCCGCUUCUGGAGGAAGUCGACCUGAGCCAAAACAAGCUCAACAAGCUCUGGUGCGAGAAACUCGAGCUGAAGCGACUCAAAAUCCUCGACCUAUCCUCAAACUUCCUCUUCGGGAGCGUUGUCUGCUCCUUGCCGUCUCCCGGGGAACCGGUUCUGGAGAACGUCACGACGUCAGACGUGACGUCAUUAGACGCGUUAUGGCUCCCGGAGCUGACGCACCUGAACCUCUCGCGGAACCAGAUGGACGCGGUGACGGCGGCGACGUUCGCCGGGAUGCCGCGGUUGCGGGUCCUGGACCUGUCGGCGAACCGGUUGGUCAGUUUCCGGUUCGAGCCGCCGCGGGCGCUCGACGGGCUCGAGGACCUGUUCCUGGCGUCGAACCGGAUUGCUGGGAUAGCAGGGUCCUUCCUCUCGCUCAAGAACUUGGAGCUCACCCGAAAUGAGGUGAAGAGGUUGGAUGAAGUCGUCGCUCAGAAACUAGCAAGGCUCGACGUCAGCCACAACCAGUUGUCCAGCCUCGAGGCUGUCCUUAAGGUUUCUCCCAAACUUGAGGAUUUGGAUGCCUCGUGGAACAAUAUAACAACUAUUAAUUGUUUUGAAUUUUACGGCGAACUGAAGAAUUUGAUGUUGGAUGGAAAUCCUUUAAUGGGUGACCGACUCAAUAUUUCUGGUUUCCACAAGUUGACAUUUUUGAGUUUGAAUUUCGUUCCUACGUUAGAGAACUUCCACACAUCAAGUCUAGCGUCAGUCUUUGAUCCGAUGAUAAUGCUUGACUGUGCGGUUUUAAAUAUGUCUCAUAAUCCUGAACUCAGUAGUAUUAUUGGAACGUUUGCGGAUAAGAAUUUAUGCCAAGUUGAUUUAAGCAACAACAAGUUGACGACGGUUGAGCAGUCAGCGUUCAACUGGAACAAAGUCAAGACAAUCGAUCUUCAGGGGAAUCCGUUCGACUGUCGAUGUUCGCUAAAAUGGAUGGUUGACUUUUUGCUUCCAUUCUUAAUGAAGUCUUCUCCAAGCCUGCUGAGCGAUCUGAGUUGCGCGUCACCGGAGGAGUACGAGGGGAAGCGUCUGGUGCACUGGUACAAGCGGCAGGACUUCUGCAACUCCUCGCGGAGCAGCCUGGCCCGGGGCCGGAGCAUGCCGUUCCUGACCCAGGCGGCGGGGGUUGCCCCGGGGCUGGGGGUGGCCCUCGGGGAGCCCGAGCCGGAGGCGCCCUCCGCGGCGGCCAUCAUCCAAGACCACAAGCUCCUCAUCGCCGGUGUCCUCCUGGCGGCCAUCGUCCUCGUCGUCGUCGCCAUCGGAUGCGUCCUCCUUCGCAAGCACAAGACUCGCCGCCGCAAGGAGCAUAUCAAGAGGAACCGCCGCUACCCCGAUAACAAGUUCGGGCUCUGAGCCAAAAGGCGCACUACACGGAGAAAAAAACUUCGUGCGUGGAGCCCGAAGUUUAGGUCAUAUGGAUCUCUGAAGUUUUUGGAUUGAGCAUCCGAACACUUAAGGUCCAGCUGCUGAGGUUUGCAU